AUGGUGGAGCAGAGGAAGCUGUUCAAGACGAAGCUGUGCGCUUUGUAUGAGAGGGGGCGGUGUUCGCGGCAGAGCUGCUCUUUUGCUCAUGGCGAGGUUGAGCUACGUGGUUUUGAAGGCUCGUCUCACGGUAGGCGGGACUCUGGAGUUAGUGACUUGAGGGAGAGAAUUGACAGAAGCUAUUCUCCAAAGCGAGGGUAUUCACCAGCAAGAGAUGCCAGAGGCCGACAUACACUUCGUGAAUAUAGUCCAUCCAGGUCCCUCGAAAAAGAAAGUAAGAGAAGGAAGAGACAGCACCUGGAUGAUCACAGUGAUUAUUCUGGAAGUUUGAGAACUCCAAAUGAGCCUGAAGAUGAAGCUAAAGAAGCCAGAAGUGUUUUUCAAAAGCAGAUACAGGUAGUGCAGUCAGAGCUCAAAAUGGUUGAGCAACGCAGAUCUCAAUUAGAGGUCUACCUGGGAGAGAGGUCUCAAGAAGUGGGCAGUCUUACUUCAAAAAUUCAAGAGCUUGAGGCCCAAUUAUACAAAGAAAAAGAGGACUGUAAGAGGAUCUCCCAUAAAGUUAAGAAGUUUGUAAAAGCACAUUCUCAUCAUUCAAGGAUACAAGACCAACUUAAAAGAUCUCAGGUCCGACUAAAUAAGUUGGGAGAUCAGCUUGGUUUGGAUACUUAUGUAACUGAUGCCAAUGAAGAGGAUGCAAGCAUUAAUAUUGUCAGUGAUGGGGAGACUGAUUUUCCAGCCCCCUUACAUAAGAAGCGGAUGAUUGAUGUUUCUCCUAUCAAGAAAAGGCUCAAUUUAAAUAGGGAUCCUGCCCUAGAACCAAAAGCUGCUCAUUCAACAAGAAGGCCACAGAGGCUCUCUCGGUGGAACAUAAACCCUGCUCAAUCAAAUUUUGUGAAUGGAAAUGAUGCAAUGAACAACGGAAUUGGGAGUCCAAGGCUCUUAGCAAAGGACAGCAAGCUUGACAGGAGGAAGGCUGCUUUGCCAAGUGUCGUCUAUGCUGAUGUGUCAAAGAAUUCAGAGUCAGGACCUGCAGUACCCUCAACCAGCAUGGCAGCUCAUGCAGUGGAUACUGAAAUUGACAUUGAAUUGGACGGUAAACUUGAAAAUGUUGAUAUUGCUUCUAGAAGAAUCGAGGAGGAACCUACAUAUGAGAGUGGGAUAUUUUCACUUCCACUUCCUCCACCUCCCCCAUUCCCUCCAAAGAACUUUUCACAGCAUGAGGGCAAUGACGAGAUUGUAGAUAUUGUGGAUGGAGUUGAGUAGGAGAUAAGCAGCAAGAUGAUUACUCUCCUUGUUUGUGGAUGGAGUUGAGUAGGAGAUGACUAACAUGAUUAAUCUCUUCGUUUGGAGGUACUGGAAGGAGAGAUUAGUGAAUGUGCGGUACUUAAUACAGAUGGUGUGCUUGUUUUUUGGGCUGAGAAACAGCAAUUUUCCCUUUCUUUCCUUCCGUCCGUCAUACAUAUUAUUGUGUAUUUCACUUUGUUCUCAUAAUUAUAUUAUAGAACUUCCAUUUUUUUCC